CACAAGUGUCAGCGAGGAUGCCACCAAAAAAGAAGAAAUAUAAAGCGAGAUUUCCGCCCGCUCGAAUCAAGAAGAUAAUGCAAACGGACGAGGAAGUUGGGAAAGUAGCUGCUGCAGUUCCGGUUAUCAUCUCUCGUUCUCUUGAGAUAUUUCUCAAUGCUUUACUGACAAAGGGCAGUGAAAUUGCAGAGCAACGGAAAGCGAAGACGUUGACACCUCAGCAUCUAAAGUGGUGCAUUGAGAAGGAGAAGCAGUUUGACUUUCUUCGUGAUCUUGUCAGCUCCGUGCCUGAUGUGAGAAAACAGGCAGACUCUGAGGCAGGAGAUGGAGAACAACAUGAGAAAAGAAAAAGACAACGAAGAAAAAAUGAUGACGACAGUGGACUUGCAGCUAAUGGCAAGAAAAGAAAAAAGCAACCAGAAUCUCACAACGACGAGGCAAGCAGCGAAGAUGCGAGCAACAACAGCCACGACGAAGACAACGCACACACAACAGGAACGAGCAAGCCACCGCUGCUUGUACACACACAAUCUGGUCUAUCACUUCCUCCACCUUUGUCAUCACUCUCACAGCCGCUUCCAUCCAGCAAUAGCAACGACAAACUAUUGGCAGUCAAUUACUCACUGAAUUUGCCUGGUAUGUCGACGGUUGACGAGGAUGAUGACUAUGAUGCAUAGUGAGGACGUUUGCUUUGUUUUUAGUAGAUUGUAGUGGAGAUUGUGGUCAUCGCGUUGACAAGCAUUUGUUUAUAAUGUGCAGUUGGAUUUUUGAAUCGUUAGAGGAGAUAGGCAACAUAUGAGAUAUGACUUGGA